AUGAUGCACUCCAACAUGUUCUCAGUACUACACAUCCUCUUGUUAGCAACUUUCGCACAGACAAUCACCGCCGACUCACCAAAAGCCACAACCCUUAAUGGCACAUACGUUGGAAAGUAUCUCUCCAGCUGGGACCAAGAUGCUUUCCUCGGUAUCCCCUACGCUCAGCCACCCACAGGAAGCCUGAGAUUCAAAUGGCCGCAGAGUCUGAACACUGCAUUCGACGAGGAACGCACGGCGACAGAGUAUGGUGACAGUUGUAUGCAGUACACCCAGAACUGGACUAUGUCUGAGGAUUGUCUUUCCGUGAAUGUCAUUAGGCCAGCUGGCAAGCCCAAGAAGCUUCUCCCCGUUUUAGUCUGGGUUUACGGAGGUGGUCUAUACGCUGGUAGUUCAGCAGAUCCCCAGUAUAAUCUAUCCGGCAUCGUCAAAGUCAGCCAAGACAUCAACGAGCCUAUCCUAGCCGUAUCCUUCAACUACAGACUCGGCAUGUGGGGAUUCCUCCAGAACUUCAACCUCCUCAAAGAAGGAAACGCCAAUGCCGGUCUUUUGGACCAGAGACUUGCUCUUCGCUGGAUUCAAGAGAAUAUCGAGGCCUUUGGAGGUGAUCCAGAUCGCGUUGUCGUGUGGGGUGAGAGUGCGGGAGCUCAGAGCUUGGCGUACCACAUGUUCAGCUAUGACGGUCAGGACGAUGGCUUGUAUCGUGGAGCGAUUCUUGAAAGCGGUGGUAUUACAGGUGCUCAGAUUCACGAUCUCAGUUACUACAACGUCGCCUUUGAAAAUCUCACACGCACGGUCGGAUGCUGGGACAAGAAAGACCAACUAGCCUGUCUUCGAGACCUAGACAAAAAAGCCUUAUACGCUGCACGUCCCUCCCUGACGUGGAAUCCUCUCAUAGACGGGACGUUCUUGACAGGGUAUCCAAGCCAACUCAUUCGCCAGAACAAAUUCCACAGCGUACCAAUGAUCGUGGGCGCCAACACAGACGAGACCUUCUGUAUCGCCAAAGUCAACACGACGGAGGAUCUCUUCUAUGAAAUGUUCCGAUGGCGGAAUUAUGCCCUCAGUGCCCCUACUGCUCGGAAGUUGCUGGAGCUCUACCCUGAUGAUCCGUGCCAUCAACCGCCGUAUCAGAUCACGAACUGUUCUAGACCUGCGGGGAACUACCAGGGUAGACGAGCGUGUGCGAUAGGCAGCGACAUCACCAUGAUCUCUGGACGACGUAAACUAGCCGAGCUAUUCACAGAGUCUGGCGAAGAUGUCUACAGCUACCGCUUCGACCAACUAUGGUACCAACGAGCCGAAUGGGACGGCGUCAAGCAUUUCGAUAAUGUCGCAUACAGCUUCCAGAAUAUUUCUGGAUUACUCGGCCCCAGUCCCAAGUACGAUAGUCACGCUGAACUGGCCAAUACUAUUGGACAAGCUUAUGUGAGAUUCGUUAAUGAUCUGAACCCCAACGGAUCAAAGAAGGGCAAGCUUCCGAAAUGGCCAAAGUAUAGCACUUCGAAGCCUAAGAAUAUGGUUCUGAACGCAACGAGGAACUGGGUUGAGGAUGAUACUUGGAGGAAAGAGGGGAUUGAGUAUAUUAAUAGCUAUGAGGUUGCUCGGGAACUGUAUGGCUAG